AUGAAGCCCUCUACUCCGGUCCUUCUACUACUGCAAUCUGCCGGCCUUGUCCGGGGCUGCGUCCGGGUCCAUGCCUAUCUGAGCAACACCCCGAUCGGCAACGACAUCAUGACCAUCGAGCUCUGGGACGACGACAACUUUUACCAGCGAUGCGGCUCCUGCUCGUGGGCCUUUGCCAGCAACGAGAGCCGCUGCCGCAAGGAGUGCGGCAAGUUCACCGUCGAGGUUUGGAACAACGGCCGGUCGGCCUGGGUCCGCAACAACGGCAACAACGGGCUCGUGUACGACAUGCGGGAGGCCAACCGCGCGCUCGAGGACUACUGCUGCCUCUCGACCGACAACGGCUGCCGCGGACGGUGCAGCAACUGGGAGUCGUGCCACAAGAGUCAGCACGCCAACUGCGACAGAUAUGCCUGCAGUCUCUGCGAUGGUAAUCGUUACUGUGGCGUCCGGGACCGGCUGCUUCCCGCGUCGCCGGAUAACUCUACGGCAACGGAAGAAUGA